AUGAAGAAAGAUGAUUUUGAGGCAAUGCGGGAGCACAACGCAUAUUACCCAUUUUCAGAUAGAGCAGAGUGGGAACUCACAAAAUUUCUAUGUGACAACUUGAAUCAGGGACAGAUCACCCAAUUUCUGAAGCUUCUCUGGGUGGUUUCAGAGGCGACGCAGCCGCUAUCUUUCAAGAACACAAAACAACUCUUCACUUUCAUGGACACAUUACUGGUGACCCCUAGAUGGCGGUGUAUGCCCAUCCAUACUAAUGGAUAUACAACUACCCACCCCAUCAAUCUCAUUUGGCGAGAUGCCCUAGAAGUUGUGCACAAUAUUUUUGGCAAUCCAAUCUUUGCCAACCAUAUGGAAUACGAUCCUUAUGAAAUCAACGACAGUGGCGAGCGCAAAUAUGGAGAGUGGAUGUCAUGUGAACAUGUGUCCGAAAUUCAGGUAAAUCAAUUACCUAUUAGUGCAACUAUAGUGCCCAUCAUUCUUGCAUCCAACAAGACACCAGUAACCCAACAGACAGGCACACUCAAGAUGCACCCAACAUUCCUUACAAUCAACAACAUCCACUCCGAAAUUUGCAUGAAGGCCACUUUGCACACAUGGGCGUGCAUCACAUACAUUCCAGUCCCAGAAUAUGUGGUGAAUAGCGAAUUUUCAGGAUUAUUGGAGGCACAUGUCUGGCAUAAGUGUAUGGAUCUGGUCUUGCAAAAUCUGAAGGUUGCCGCUCAGGUGGGCAAACCCAUGGUAGACCCCAUGGGUUGCCGGUGUUACGUAUUCACACCACUCGCUGCCCAUAUUGCAGAUCUUCCCGAGCAACUCAUGAUUGCAUGCAUCUCGAAAAAUACUACCAAUCCCUGGAAGGUCCGGGAGUUUCAGGAAUUGGCCAAGCAGUAUUGUCUCAGUGGCGACUGGAGGUUUGCAGACCCUUCAAUUUUCCUCGUCCCAGAACUACUGCAUGCAUGCCAUAAGUUUCUUUUCGACCAUGCACUGAAGUGGUGCAAGGAGGUGAUAGGCGCUAGCGAGCUCAAUGCUAGGUUCUGCAGCCAGCAUAAACGUAUUGGGACAUGCCAUUUCAGCGAUGGUGUCUCCCAUGUGAACCAGAUGACUGGACACGAGCAUCAUGACAUCCAGCGAAUGCUUGUCCCCACUAUUGUGGGUGUGACAUCUCCUGGGUUCACUUGUGUGAUCUCACAAGCUCCCACUUUCACCCCCUCCUCUCUUAACAGCAUGGUGUCCUCCCUGAAUGAAUUCCAUUCCUACAAACACUUUGUCUUAGAGGCGGAAGCUCACACGGGAACUUCUGGCCCUAUCAAUCAUUUUCAGAUCCCCAAACUUGAGUCUUUCAAUUUGUUCGCUCGUUCAAUCCAACAAUUGGGCACCAUCAUACAACAUUCCGUGGAUGUCAGAAUAUCUCUCAUCAACAUUAUGGAUAACGAGUUCGACGAAGUAAUUGAUAUGGAUCCAACAUUUAGUUGGAUAGCGCAUGUUGCACCGCAAGAGAUGCAUCAUUUUCAGGUGAUUCACCCUGUUCGUAAUCACUUUCUCAAAGGCAUCCUUUCCAGCGAGGCCAACACCGCAUUUCAUGUUACCAUCGCUCAUGAUCUUGCUGAUCAUUCAGCCACCGCUCUCGCUCAACGUUAUCAUCUCCCAGAUUUUCCAAAGGUCCUUUCACAGUAUCUUGACAGUGUAUCGGGUCGGAACUCACUCUAUCACAGUUACCUCCUCAAAUCUUGGUUCAAAUUCAGGCUUCAACUCCAUUCCCAACUUUGUCCAUGCAACAUCAUGCCGAGCCAGCAAGUUCAGGCAUAUCCACCAUCUGAUAUGUAUCCUUUUGGAAACUGUGGUAUUGUUCUGCUCCAACCUACAAAUGCUCACCUGCAGUCUGUGCUGUGCGUCGCUCAACUACCAGUGGACCUCAAGGACCCUCUUCUGUAUGUUCAGCUAUUUGAAAUAGCUGCGCCCCCUGAAGCUGAGCCGCACAUUGCCAUGUACCAAGUUCGAUGUUCAUUUUAUCCCAUGCCUGAUGGUUCUCUGAGUCACACAAGGAUCAGGAAGAUAGUACGGCUUGUCGAUGUUACACACGCAGUAGAACUGAUACCCAUCUAUGGGACAACAAUGGAUCGCUCUGUUACAUCAGUAACGUCUCUUGAACACUACAAUAAUUUUUAUCUCAAUGCAUUCUCUGAUAAAGAGUGGUACCACACAUUGCAUGCAGAUUUUAUCUAG